UAAUUGUAAACUGGGACGCACAUCAUUUGGUUUUUUUCUUCCACUGCGAGGAGACCUAAGGAGACACUACAGUCAUGGCGAGCGACGGCGUCCUUGCUGUGAUGGUCGUCGUGAUUAUGUUGAAUUUAUUUACAGCGGCAGCCGGACUGGCGUUAUUUGCAUUAGCCAUUUGGGUUGUUGUAGAUCCAUAUAAACUGUAUCCAAUAUCAGCUGUAUCAGGGAAGGAUGACAUCUUCGCAGCAGCCUGGAUAGCCGUCUUCACUGGCUUUGCCUACUUCUGCACCGCCAUCUUCGGCGUCUACGCCGCAGUGAAAAAGAGACGGUCGCUCAUGCUGGUGUACCUGAUGCUCAUGUUCAUCAUCUUCAUUUUCGAAUGCGCAUCCUGCAUCACGGCGGUCACCAACAGAGACUAUCUAGUCGGAAACAGCAACCUGGUGAAGAAUCAGAUGCUAACGUACUAUGGAUCCAACAGCAACCAAGGACAACAGAUUACUGCUACUUGGAAUAAAGUAAUGCAGGAUGCUCAAUGCUGUGGUACGGACGGCCCACUGGACUGGGUGACCUUUAAUUCCACCUUCAAGCAGACCUACGGCUCAUUUAACUGGCCCCUGCACUGCUGCAAAACUCAGUACAGCAUUGAUCCUGCUGACCAAACUGGCUGCAUGCUUGGCCAGACCAGUGCACUAUACAGCUCGGGCUGUUUCAACUACAUCCAGUCUAAGUUAAAUAUUUAUACCUGGUCUGUUAGCUGGUACGGCUUUGCCGUACAAAUUCUUGUGUUUUUCCUCCUGCUGAUCGCCAUGUUCUACUUCCUUCUCCUGGAUUAACAUUCAAAACGUGCUAAUGUGGCAUAUGAAUGUAGUUUAUCAAAGUAAUAAACGCCUGCUAGAUUUGUCUCAUUUAUAGGAUUUGGACUAAUACCACAUAUAAACCUGCCGUUUCUGCCUCCUGCUGCCGAGAUCUUCCUUCGUGAAAAAAUCUAAUCGCACAGAAUUGACAGUUUUCUCUUCGUUGAGUCUUUGUUUUUAUGUUUUUUGUGUUUGUCUGGCACAAUAGGUGCUUUGUUUCUUUUGAACUGUCAGGGGUUCGUAUUACAAAUUCCACUACAGAACAUUAUAGGGUUUUUUUUUUCUCUUAUGGCAAUUGUAAAUUUAUAGUAAUAUAUAUUUAUGGCAUAUCUUAAUCAAUGAUGUGUCUGCAUAUGUGGAUUUUGUAGUUGUGUUAAUAAAGCCUAAAGUAUUGAUGUGUUUAUAUUCAUACUAUAUUUGUAUCUAAGCCUUAUGUAACAGCACUUUUUUUCAUAGUGACAGUUACACCCAGGAAACUACAAACAAGUACAAACAAGCUGCCUGAUUCUAUACAGGAGUUAAAUACUGAAGGCGUAGACCCUUAGUCAUGGCUGGGUGUGGAUCUGGUCACAGAGAGGCUGACUAGUUUUACCAGACAUUCAUCUAGGACAUGUGUAGAAAGAAAUUUUUACUCUGUUAUAGCUGAAAACAAAAUAAUAAACUCUUUUCUUAUAAGAAUGACAAAAAACUGACUUGAUAGUAAUUGAUGAGAAAAGUUUGUUUUUCAUGUAUACAUAGACACGCCUUGUACUUUUUUAGGAACACCUGUACGCCUGCUUAUUUAACUAGGUCAAUCAUGUGGUAUCAGCAUAAUGCAUAAAAUCAUGUAGAUAAAAGCCACAGCUUCAGAAAAUGUUCCUAUUAAUCUAAUAAUAAACAAACAACUCUUAAUAAGA